AUGCCCGGUGGCGGCUCCAUGUUUGGUUCGGGAGGCCCAGGCUCUUCGUUUCCUUCUCUCGCGUCUCCUCGGCCUCUCGUGCAAACUGUAGCUGACUUCGAGAGCCUCGCCACUGCAGCGCUCAGCGUCGACGCCAACGAACGGUCCCAAGCCGAGGCUCUCCUUCUCCAGUUUCAGCAGCAGAGGGUAGAGUCGCUAGACUUCUGCCUCGCAGUUCUCGAGCAAAGCCGCGAUGCGGCAACUCUCUCCGUUGCCGUCAUUGUGCUCAGAAAUGGAGCGAUCGCCCAAUGGGGACGUCGGCAGCUGGCGUAUGAGGCCAGUGCGAAGGCGGCGAACUCGGGUUCAGCCGACGGCCUGCAAAACGAGCUCCGAGCGCCGCUCCUCGAGUUUGAGUCGAAAAUCGUCUUCCUCAUCCAGGCCAUGCUUCGACUGCUUCAGGCGCAUGCAGUCCUCCAAGACACCAACCCUGCUCAGGCGGCAGAGUACCGCGUUUGCGAUCGACAGAUGACCUACGCGCUUGCGGUCCUGCUCAGGAAGGCGCUCGCCAGUGGGACGCGCGAGACGCGCGACGCUCUUCUUCAGCUGCUCCGCAAUCUGCUCGAAGAGAUGCGGGCUCUGCUCCUCCCCGCCGGGGCCGUUCCCGCUUCUCAAAGACCGCGUCUGGAAGGGGCGUCUGUGCUCGAGGCUCUGGAGACUGGGAAGCCGUCGCCGCACGUCGGCAGUUUCGUUCUCUGCUUGUCAGUGCUGAUGAGUGUGUCGCGCGAAGUGGGAUCUUCGGAUUUGUCUCUCCUCCAACUCACGACGCAGCAGCACAUCGACUGCAAGAAACAGUUCGAGCGCGAGAUUCUUCUCCCUCUCGUCGACCUCGAUCUCUCGCUUCUCAAUCUCCUCCUGAAGAAAGGCAACGCCGCCGACGCCCAGAGCUUCGCGGCCGACGCACGCAAACAACGCGACAGCCUCCUCGCAAGUGUUGUGGGCAUCUUGGAGCUGUUGAUGGACUGGAAUUUCGGGCAAGUGCUGCUCCGCUUCGUGACGACCAGCGACGUCUCGUUCGCGCCGACGGCCGACUGGCUUCCAGUCUUCUUUCCUUCUUCCGCAUCUCCUUCUCAGACGUUUCGGCUCGAGGCUUUGGUCUUCCCGCCGGGGCCCGAGCAGGAGCGGCCGAAUCUGUUUGCGCUCAUUCUCGACUUGUAUCGGCACCUGAGUGCGCGGCGGAACGAGGAACCCGCGCUCUUCAAGGUCGCUCGCCUCAUCCUGAUGCGGCUGACGCGGUUUCGGGCCCACCGCAUGGUUGGGGCGCUCUUCGGCACCGGCUCGGCGCCGUCGGCUGUAGGGUCGACAGCCCCCACGCUGGCUGCGAAUCUCGCGGCGGCGCGCGGCGAGGCGACGGCAGGUGCGUCUCCGCUGUUGCCCCGCAGCUACUCGGGCCCGAUUGGCAGAAACAAGAAGCAAAAAGUCACGGAGUUCGUCUACAUUCCUCUCCUCAACGUGCUUCUGGACCUCCUCGACCAGAGCCCGUUCCUCAAUUCGCCCUUGUGCGGAGAGGGCGUCACCACUGCCAUCGCGACGGCCUCGCCAACUGUCUCCAUUGCAGACGGUCCCCUCGAGUUGUCCGAAGAUGACGCGGACAACCUGGCGGAAAUCCAGGACUUGUGUCUCGCCCUCCACAACCUGGCAGAAUGCAACGAAGCUGUUCCGGAGUACCUCAUGGACGGCACCGCAAACAAGGCACUGCCGCUGUUUGUCCGAGUCGCGACGGCGUUGAUGAGCGUUAUUCUUCGUUCGGAUUUGAAACAGCAGGGAAAUGCGCACGCAGGCGACUACGAAGAGAGUGUGGAAGCUGCCGUGGGCUCGCUCGAGGUUUUCCUGCAGGCCUGGAGCUUGUGGGCUGACAAGCUGCAGCAACAGAUCCUCCAAGAGAAGCCUGCGGCGCAGGCCGAAGCGCGAGGAGGGAAUGCGCAGUUACCUGAAACGGGAAUCAAAGAGCGGCACUGGUGGUCUGCGUUUCAGCAGUCCAUGCAAUUCGUCUUCAACGUCUUCGUUGGACAAGCGUUGCUGAUUUGCUGUCACCGCGACGCAGACGUGGCGUGUCCGAGUGCAGACGCCAAGGACUCGCACGCGUCUUGUCCGUCGCGGAAUCUCCUCGGAGGGGCGGGCGGGUCUCCUCUCGACGACUUCUUGCGGUGCUUCGCCAUGGUGGGCCGAACGCGGCUGUCUGCGUCACUCAUGCAAACGUGUCAGAAACUGGUUUUUCUCAAGGAGCAACUGACCGGAUUUCGGCGCGAACAGGCGAGCGCGGGGGCCGAGAGCGUGUGGACGUCGCCUGCAGGCAGUGCCCACCUUUUGGCGCAACAAAGAAAAGGCGAGCAGCUGCUCGACGAACUGAACUUCAGCCUGCAGCUCAUUCAGCAGUUGGUCGCGGUGCCGGCCUCGGGAGAAGGCAAAGGGCACCGGCUCACAGUUCCGAUUCAAGUCCUCAGAGACGAGGAGACGCAGAGACAGGUCAUCCAAGUUUCAAGUCAGGUGUUUUCUCUCCUUCAAGAAGAAGUGAAUCUGCUGAAGGAGCAGCAAGUGCGCACACUCCCCUCCCACUUCCUCGGCGUCUCACCAACGGUUCUGGAAAGCGGCGUAAACAUCUUGUCUGCCAUCAGUGCAGCGUACCUUUUGCGUUCGCGUUUCAAUCAGCCGAUGCUUGCCGACUUCAUUCUGCCUGAGAAAGGACAAGAAGCGAUGAACGUCGUUGUUCAGAUUGUCGCCGAGCUUCUCCAUUUGCUUCCCCAUGAGGAGUCGCUGACGCUCAGCUGUACACGGACGCUGCAAAUCCUGUCGUCCGUCAGCAGUCCAACAGUUGCGUACUUGUGGGAGAGCCCCGCGUUUCAGUCUCUGCUCAGUGCGUCGGUGGAGAGCUGCGCCGCGCUGCUUCCCUCGUCCCCGUCGCCGGGGUCAGUCGACAUGAAGCAGGGGACCCAGAACGACGGCAAGCCGCCUGCCUCGUUCCCUUCGUUCAAUUCCGCGCGGCGGCGUCUCCCUCCUCUCCAGCAGCUGACGCAGAGAACCAUCCGCCGUCUGUACAGCUCGUUCUCCGCUUCCACCGCCAUGAAUGAGCACUUGUGGGGACUCGCCAAGAUGCAUGUCGCCGAGCAGACGCUGGAGCGAUCCGGGACACUCCUCGCCACUGAGGUCGUUGUUUCACGGCAACAGAACCUCUUCGUUAAAUGCGAACCUCUCAAAGCAAAUCUCCGUCACCUUGCGUCGAACCCAGCGGACACUCACCCUCUCGUCUUCCACGCUCUGGGAAAUUCGUUGUCUAUGGCAAUCGGUCUCCUGGACGGGUGCUCGAGUCAAGGCGUCGGGGCGUGGAUUGCCUGGAUCCGAGACGCGCUCGAUGCCGUCUUUAUGAUCGCAAACAAAUACCUGCAGUAUCCCCAUAUUUUGCACAAUGCGUUGAAAUUCUUUCUGCAGCUCAUCAAGAGGGGAUACAACUGUUUCGACCAGACUGCGGCCAUCUCGCUCUUCACGCAGUACAAGGCUCUCACUCAGCAAGUUGGUAACCACUACGCGACCUUGGUGGUCGGGAGCCAGGAUGAAGAAAGCAUCUUUGGAAAUCUCAAACAAAGCUAUAAAGUCUUCCAACUGCUUGCGGCGAACAGCAAAGACACCCCCUCGUUCGGCUGGAUUGCAGAAAUGCUCGUCGACUGCAUGCAGACUCUGCAGCCAAUGACCGCGAAGCUGCGGCCGCACGAAAAUCCAAAGGUGGCUGCCCCGCUUCUCCUUUGCGUCCAAAUCCUCGCGGAAGAAGACUCGAAGAAAUUUGUGGGCCUCGUUCGAGACGUCGACGUCAAAGUUCUCAUGCAGGUGCUGCGCGAGGCGGUCAUGUCGGACAUUGCGCGGAUACGGCAACCCGCAUAUGAGAUUUUGCACUCGUUUUGCCGGUACCUAAUCGCGUUGCAAGUGGCGCAGCGGGUCAUCGACUUCUCCGUGGAGAGGCCGGCUGGGUGCGCGGACCCUUUCGCCUCGCCGGCUCCUGGAGACACAGUCGGCGAGCUGUUCUCGCAGUCGGCGCAGCUGUCGCUGGCGCUUCUCGCGCAUGCCCUUAGCAGCCCUCUGUCGAACGCAGACCUCGAUUUCUUCUCCGACUGUAUCUUUGAUCUGUUCUUCAUGAUUGGCUUGCGCGCGUACGCCCUCCACACACUGCUCGCAAAUUUCACGCAGAUGUAUGCUGCGAACCUCGCGACCGGCCGCGGGGGCGCAAGCAACUCGGCGUCUCCAGGCGGCGCGAUGGGUGGCUCCGGCGUCUUGCCUGCAGCUGUCUUGGAGGCACGACUCGCUGGACUUAUGCAGACCAUUCUCCAGAGCGAGAAGGAACUCGUCGGCGUGCAGUACUGCACUCAACCUGUUGGAACCGACGGUGGCGACGAGAGUGCAAACGGAGGAAACCCUAACAUGCCAAGCACAUUUUUGGAAACGGGGUCGUCAAGUCUGAUCAAGUAUCAAAAGCAGCAGCAUGUCUUCCGCGACAUCUUCAAGUACUUUGUUGUCGAGUGCGCCUCUCCUGCUGCCGCAGGUAUUGGCGGCGACUCCGCACGGACGUAG